AGUGAAAGGGUAUGAACCAGGAAAAGUGUAAAGAGAUGUAGGUCCCCAUAAAUCAAAGCUUACGUAAAGGCAAAAGAAGGAAAAAAAAGUAGAGAUUAACCGUAACCCAAGUUUUAUACUAUAAUUAGUAGCAGAAAACCAACCAACUCAAUCUUAAAAUACCAUUCUUUCUCUUUCUCUCUCUGCAAAACUCCUGAUCAUCAUCAACUGGAAAAAAAAAUGUCGACAAUUGCUGCAGAACCACUCCUUCACUUAGCUCUGAGACAACCUACACCCAAAAUUCAACCAAUUAAAUCUCGGAAAAAUUUACCCUUUUCACUGAAUUUCAGUUCAAGAGCAAGCAAAAUUAGAGGGAGUUUUUCUAGCAAUAGUAUUCAAAAAAGUGUCUCUGUUGCUCAUUGUACUGCAACUACAACUCUUGCGCAAAUUUCUGAACCUACUGAAGUUGUUUACAGUGAAGAAUUUGAGUUGCCAAGGUUAAAUAAGGUGGAGGGCAAGAUAUGUGUUAGACUGGAUCAAAAAGAUGGAGAUGAUUGGCAGUUGACAGUUGGGUGCACUCUUCCGGGGAAAUGGGUACUGCACUGGGGUGUGCAUUAUGUGGGUGAUGUUGGAAGUGAGUGGGAUCAACCUCCAAACGAAAUGAGGCCUCCAGGUUCGGUUGCUAUAAAGGACUAUGCUAUAGAGACGCCAUUGAAACAAUCAUCUUCCUCUGAGGGCGAGGACUGCCUUCAUGAAGUGAACAUCAAUUUCAAUUGCAAUAGUAAUAUUGCGGCGAUCAACUUCGUGUUGAAGGAUGAAGAAGCUGGGUCAUGGUAUCAGCACAAAGGGAGGGAUUUUGUGGUGCCUCUUGUUGAUAAUCUCCGUGAUGGAGACAAUGUCAUUGGAAAGAAGGGCCUUAGUUCAUGGCCAGGAAAUUUGUCUCACAUGCUUUUGGAAGGUGAAGCACCGCAGAGUGUAGCUGAAGGCAGUGGUGAAGCAUCUCCUGAGCCCACUUUAGCAAAUAGGUUACUUGAAGGGUUUUAUGAAGAGCAGCCUAUAGUGAAAGAAGUUCCUGUUUGCAAUUCACUAUUUGUCUCUGUGAGAAAGUGCCCAGAGACAGAUAAGAAUCUAGUCUCUGUAGAAACCGAUUUGCCCGGGGAUGUUGUACUUCACUGGGGAGUAUGUAGAGACAACCCAAAGGAAUGGGAAGUACCAGCGGCACCACAUCCACCAAAUACUGAAGUGUUUAAGAAUAAGGCAAUGCGUACGAAAUUGCAGACUAAAGAGGAUGGAUUUGGAUCUAAAGGAUUGUUUACUUUAGAUAAUGAAAUCACUGGAUUUCCUUUUGUGCUGAAGUUGAAUGAUGACAAGUGGUUGAACAAUAGGGGAAAUGAUUAUUUUAUCCCUCUGUCUGGAACACAUAAUAAAGGUGGUUCAUCGGCUGAAAUAGAGAAGAAUGUCUCUUCGGAAGUGUUGUCUGGUCCCAUAAGGGAUGAAAACCCACCAGUGGAAAAUCAAGAAGCUCAUACAACUCCUUUUACGGACGAUAUCAUAAAAGAGAUCCGGAAUUUAGUUACUGGCAUCUCAUCUGAAACAAAAUGGAAGACUAAAAGUAAAGAAGCACAGGAAGAUAUUCUCCAAGAGAUUGAAAAGUUGGCUGCUGAAGCAUAUGGUAUCUUUAGAAGCUCCAGUAUGACUCUUUCUGAGGAAGCUGUUGCAGGAUUUGAAGAAAUAGAACUCCCAGUCGAGAUUUGCUCUGGGACAGGUACUGGAUUCGAAAUAUUAUGUCAAGGAUUCAAUUGGGAGUCUCAUAAAUCUGGAAGAUGGUAUAUGGAGCUCCAGGACAAAGUUUCAGAGUUGUCUUCGCUUGGUUUUACUGUAAUUUGGUUGCCACCGCCUACUGAAUCUGUAUCACCUGAGGGUUACAUGCCAAAAGAUCUUUAUAACUUAAAUUCAAGAUAUGGUACAGUUGAUGAGUUGAAGACUGUUAUCAAAAGUUUCCAUCAAGUUGGUAUUAAAGUUCUUGGUGACGCUGUUAUAAAUCAUCGUUGUGCACACUCCAAGAACCAAAAUGGUGUCUGGAAUAUUUUUGGAGGCCGUCUUAACUGGGAUGAUCGUGCAGUUGUUGCUGAUGAUCCUCAUUUCCAGGGUAGGGGCAAUAAGAGUAGUGGAGAUAACUUCCAUGCUGCACCAAACAUUGAUCAUUCACAAGAGUUCGUAAGAAAUGAUCUUAAAGAAUGGCUGGGCUGGCUGAGGAAAGACAUAGGCUAUGAUGGCUGGAGGCUUGACUUUGUUCGAGGAUUCUGGGGUGGUUAUGUCAAAGAUUACAUCGAUUCUAGUAAACCUUACUUUGCUGUCGGGGAAUUCUGGGAUUCACUUAGUUAUACAUAUGGAGAGAUGGAUUACAAUCAAGAUGCUCAUAGACAGAGGAUUGUGGACUGGAUCAAUGCUACUGGUGGAUCUGCAGGUGCUUUUGAUGUCACCACAAAAGGGAUUCUUCACUCUGUGCUGGAGAGAUGUGAAUAUUGGCGUUUAUCAGAUCCAAAAGGAAAACCGCCUGGGGUUGUUGGCUGGUGGCCUUCUCGUGCUGUUACCUUUAUUGAGAAUCAUGACACCGGUUCCACUCAGGGUCAUUGGAGAUUUCCUGGUGGCAAGGAAAUGCAAGGGUAUGCUUACAUCCUGACUCACCCUGGAACACCAGCAGUUUUCUAUGAUCACAUCUUUUCAAACUACAAACAUGAAAUUUCUACGCUCAUCUCUGUCAGAAAUAGAAAGAAGAUAAACUGCAGGAGCAUUGUUAACAUACACAAAGCAGAGAGGGAUGUAUAUGCAGCAAUCAUAGAUGAUAAAGUAGCCAUGAAGAUCGGACCUGGCCAUUAUGAGCCGCCAAGCGAGUCCCAGCAAUGGAGCUUGGCUAUCGAGGGUAAUGAUUACAAGGUUUGGGAAGCAUUGUGAGUACUCAGCUCGUUUUUCUUCAAGUGAGUUGGGAAGCAUUUCAUGAUGGAUUUUCUCAAUGUAGAUCCUGUUAAGUAAAAACCAUCACAACUUCUCGGGAUCUAUAACAUUAUAACUGUACAGGAAACCCAGAAAGAUGGGGUUUCGAGAUGAUUGAAAUUUGCAUUGCAGUGAAGUGGACCUAUUCUAGCCCUUUACUGCCUAAGGAAGAACAUGAUGUCUUCGACGAGUAAUUGUUGGAUGUGUAUGUGAUCUGUCUAUACAUUUUUUCAUAAGAGGAAGCAUAGAGGAGCGCUAGUUGAUUUUGUACUGGCACAAUUUCGUACUAUUUUCAUUUAAACAAGACACUCAUGUUUAAAUGGGUUGUAUCUUUGUCCUCUUAUGUACACUAUCUUCUCAUUAUAUUUCAUUGGCUUAUCUA